AAGUUAUAUAAUUCAAUGCGACUUAGGUCCAGGUGCUGUUAUAUAUUCGGGUCAAUCAACAAAGUGACCAUUCCUGAAAGUGAAGGCAUCAACAAGCUCAAGAUGAAAGUGGCCCUCUUUAUUCUGGUUGUCCUCCCCCUGGUGUUCUGUGCCCCCUCAGAGAUAGACAGACGAUGGCUGAUCGAUGUUCACGCCGUAGUUGAUCAACUGAAGCACCUCAUCACUCCGGACAUGACCGAGUCUGCCUGUACCACUGUCUGCGAGUCCGUUAUUUCCGGAAUAGGAUUGUUGGUGUGUCCCAGUGCUUGUAACAUUUUGGUUUCUUCACUGAACGGAAAAUAAACAAUAAAACCCAG